AUGGCGCACGCCGCGACUGCCGAGGAUGAGAUCGCCGCCAUUUGCCGUGAGCUGGACACCCUCAAGCUGCAGCUGACCACCGCUUCGCCCGAUUCAUCGGCCAGUUCGUUUGAUGGGACGGCAGCCGCGCCGCACGGCGGCGACGAUGAGACGGGCCUCCGGCCUUCUAUGGAACAGCUGCUUGGGCGGCUGGCGCAGGAGCAAGCGAGACGGAGGCAACUCGAGGAGGAGCUUCACGCCCUGCGCAUGAGUCAGAAGCAAAUGACCACCGAAUCGCUGGAGGAAAUAAGUGCGAAGAGGGAGGAGCUCAGCCAACUAACACGUGAGCGGGAUGAAAUGCGGGACUGGCUGCAACGAGGCGUGAAUGAGUGUCGUCGCGUGGCAGACGAGGCGAUACGGCUAAAAAGAGUCCUUGACGAGCGCACGCAGCGCUGUCAGCUCCUUGAGACCGCGAAGGAGGAGUUGCAGGAAAAGAUCGACACAGUGCAGCGGCAGUUAGCGGACUCGCAGUCGCAGCUUGAAGGUCUGCAGAAGAAGGAGUGCCUGCUAGAGGCCUGCGAGGGGCAACGCGCUCGCUCUGAGCAGAAUAUCGUGGAGCUGAACGAGAAGAGGCAAAAAGAGUAUGAUGCGCUCGUGGACGAGGCGGAGUCCCGCCGCCUCCGCGCUGAGGAGCUUGAGAGUGCAGAAACGUGCGUCCAGCUUCUGACUGAGCGGCUGCAGCAGCUGCUGACGCACAUGGAGCGCUUGGGACAGGCCGUACGUAAAGGGUGUGUGGAGGAGGUGCCGGCGGACGAAUUCUUCCUGCGCGAGGGCGUUGCGGAGCCGCAGCACCCGCUGGAUGAACUAGUUGCGCGUGCCCAGGCUUUCCCCCGCAUCAUUGCGGCUGCCAUUCAGCAGCUCCAUGCGGACAUCGUCGCGUUUAUGGCGGAGCAGCGCUGCCUGCAGGCGGAGCAGGCAGCGAAGCAGCGGGAGCACCUCGAGGCGCUCCACCUGGAGAAACAGACGCUGCUCCACAAGUACGAGAGGGAGCGGGAGACACUGACGCAGGAGAUUGCACAACUCAGAACAGAACUGCUUCGAGUGGUCGCAAAGAGCCCAGAGGAUAGUGACGACACUUCGAACCGGCAGAAGGAGCGCAUCGCCGAGCUGGAGCAGCUGCUGUGGUCGAACGACCAGCAGGCGGCGGAGAACGAGAGGCUGCGCGGGGAGAACGACGAACUUCGGGGAAAGUUGCGCGCUCUGAAAAUCGAUUGGAAAAAAGUCCACGAGAGUCAGUUGCGCUUCCAGGAGCUUCAGGUGGAGGUGGACAUGAUCGCGCGGACGAAUGCGCGGAUACAGAAGGAAAACGAGAGCCUGAAGAUGACCAUUGAGACCCGCUUUGGUCAGCUCCCCGCCGGCACGCAACCAGAGCAGGAACCCCACUCUGAACAGCUCUAUCCAGGCGCGAGCGGGAGGGCGCGGGGGGCGGCGCUGACGCCUCCUGGCAUCUCCAGCAUCAUGAUGAACGACACGGACGGCAGACGCGGGGCGAGUGCGAGUCCCUCAGCGUCGUGCGAUCACGCAUGUCGUAGUGCAGAGCGUGAGGCGUUUCAGGGGUGGAAGCGCAUGGUGAUCAGCGGCUACCUCGAGUAG